AUGCCCAAGUCAAAAAGAGCAAAGGUGUUUCACCUCACCCAAGUGACGAAGAAGACACGGGAGCAGAAGGAGAAGCUCUUCGAGAACAUCCGAGAAUGCAUCCCCAAAUACGAGCGCUGCUUCGUCUUCAGUGUCGAUAACAUGCGCAACAACUACCUGAAGGAGGUGCGACACGAACUGAGUGACUGCCGCAUCUUCUUCGGCAAGACCAAACUCACCGCCCGCGCCCUGGGCACAACCCCCGACAACGCCCAAGCCGACGGCAUCAACCGGCUGACCCGGCACCUCUCCGGCUCGGUGGGGCUCAUCUUCACCGACCGCGCCCCGGGCUCCAUAGUGACCUACUUCGGCUCCCUCUCGCCCGUCGACUUCGCCCGCGCCGGCGCCACCGCCCCGCGCACCUUCGUCAUCCCCGCGGGGGUCGUCUACAGCACGGGCGGCGCCGUGCCCGCCGACGACGACGUCCCCGUCUCGCACUCGCUCGAGCCCGAGCUGCGCCGCCUCGGCAUGCCCACCCGCCUCGUGCGCGGGCGCGUCAUCCUGGGCUCCGAAGACCCGGACGCAGAGGGGGACCUGCAGAGGGACGGCUACACCGUCUGCCGCGAGGGCCAGGUCCUGGACUCGAGGCAGACGAGGCUGCUGAAGCUGUUUGGCGUGUGCAUGAGCGAGUUCCACGUCCGGCUGCUGGCGUACUGGACCGCCUCGACGGGCGAGGUGACGGAGCUGGAUGUCGGCGGCGAUGGCAUGGAAGGGGUGGAGAAUGUGGACGAGGAUGAGGCGAGCGAUGAGUGA